AUCUAUUGGCUCUUCUUGAAUAGGAUACAAUGUGUUUUUCCACUGUUAGUGUAGUACCAAAUAGCAUCUGUAGAAGUAAAUAAAAUAUGAGUAAAAGAAGAAAAACCAAUGAUGGUAGGCCUACAUGUCAUAAUUGAUUACCGCCGAGAUAUUUUCGGAAUGCGAAAGUUAACAAAUGAAGUAAUAACAGUGGGAUUAAUCUUACAAUAGGAUUCAUUUAACAAAAGAACACUUUCAAAUACUGAACUGACCUUUGUCGUCAAUAACCUGUACUCUGUUCCUGUUGUCUAUAAAAUGGCGUUUAAAUUUUGGUAUAAGUAUGAUAGAACUACUCGUUCUAAGAUAUUUUGUUUGAUUAGCGGAAUCGUGAAUUUCAUUGCUAUUGGAUUAAACUAUAUCAUCAUAGGAAUUAUUACUAAACCAGUUGCUUACGAGAUGAAUUGUAGCGAGGGGUUCGUUUCUUUCUGGGGAGCAAUCCAACUGGCAGUAUUGGCAGGAAUUGGUCCAACUGGAAGUGCACUACUUAGAAGAUUUGGUAUGAGGAGGUUGGGAAGUGUUGCUGGGUUCGUGUCAUUUUGUGUCCUACUCUUCCUCUCCGUUGGUGCUAGAAACAAGUGGAUGUUUGUUAUAGCGGUGUGCUUACAAGGUAACUAGUGAAGGCAUAGUUAUGAACAAUAUCUAGAUCAAUAUAUGGUAAGACAAAAUGGAUGCUUAUAACAUGGUCUCAUUUAUGGUCUAUAUUAAUCCUGUAGUUCAUAUAAAUGCACUGUAUAUACUAUAUACUGUUUAUGUACUGAGAGUGACACUCAUUACAUAUGCUUCAAGGUUACAUUGUUAUUUUUUUUUAAUUAACGCCCAUUGAUUGA